GUUGCAGUAACACCCACAAGCAUGGAUUCCGCGCUGACGCUCAAUGCAGCUUCAUACGACCCUAUCGAUCACCUCAACGCCAUCUUUUCCCACCCCGCCGCACUCUCGUCCGUUUCUGCCACGUCGGAUGCCCUCCGCAGUUACCAGCAUGACCUCGACGAAGACAUCGCAGGCGUUGUCGCCUCACAGUCCACUGCCGAUGCCGACAGCGUGCAGCGCAUCCAGGCCGCCAAGGCAGAGCUCGCUGACCUCUUCAAGAAGAUCGAGAGCGUCCGAGAGCGGGCUAUGCAGACGGAGCAAACCAUCACCGAGAUGACUGCAGACAUAAAGCGCUUGGAUAGCACCAAGAAGAACCUGACGCUCUCCAUGACGGCGUUGAAGCGCCUUCAGAUGCUGACGACGGCAUACGAACAAUUACGGAGCCUCAGCAAGUCGCGGCAAUACCGGGAAUGCGCACAGCUUCUUCAGGCUGUGAUACAGCUGGUGGCACACUUCAAGAGCUAUCGCUCGAUAGACCAGAUCGCAACGCUGAGUCGCAACGUAGCAGAUGUGCAGGGCGAAUUGCUGGAGCAGGUCUGCGAGGAUUUCGAGGUGACAUUCGCCAAGGGCGAAACAGCCCAACGGAAAGGAAUGUUGGCGGAAGCAUGUCUGGUCAUUGAUGCCCUCGGAGAGCACGCUCGUACACGGCUUAUCAACUGGUACUGCAAUACGCAGCUUCGGGAGUACCGCCAAGUUUUCCGGGGCAAUGAUGAGGCUGGAUCCUUAGACAAUAUUGGGCGAAGAUACAGCUGGUUCAACCGAAUGAUGAAAACAUACGAUGUCGAACAUGCUUCCAUCUUCCCAGCCUACUGGAGAGUGAACGAGAUGCUGGCCAACUCGUUUUGCGAAGGAACACGCGAAGACUUCAAGUCUAUAUUGCAAAAGGCUGUACGGAGAGGGGACGGGCAGAGUCUGGACGUCGAACUACUCCUUUCGUGCUUACAGGAGACGCUUGACUUCGAACACAGCUUGGAGAGGCGGUUCACCAACGAGUCUCGUUCUUCGAUGGACACAGUCGCUUCUAAGGAUGACCGCCCACAUGGCUUUAGUCAGGUCAUCUCCGAGGCUUUUGAACCCUACAUGAGCCUCUGGGUGGAGUCUCAAGAUAAGCAACUUGCCAACCUUAUGCCAAAGUAUCGGCAGCAACCCCUCCGAAAUCCAGAAGACGAUUUCUCGCAUCAAGCUGUGAUACCCUCAUCGACAGAAUUGUUCCAAUUCUACCGUAUGACGUUGGCGCAAUGCGCCAAACUCUCGACUGGAACGAGACUUCAGGAGUUAUCUAUGACCUUUGCCAAGUACUUGGACCAGUAUGGCCAGCAAGUGCUGUACUACUUCCUUAGUGAGAAGGCAGGAGCACAAGGACCAUCUGUCGAAGACGCCAUCCUCAUUCUCAACACUGCAGACUAUUGUUACAUGACCUGCAACCAACUGGAAGAGAAGAUAAGAGGUCGCAUAGACGAAGAGUUCAAGGAAAAGGUGGAUCUGCAGAGCCAAGCCGACGCCUUCAUGGGUAUCGCCAGCGCUACAGUUCGAAUGCUUGUCCGCAAAGUAGAAAUCGCGUGCGAGCCUAGCUGGAGGGAGAUGCGAAACACGCCUUGGGCAAAGCUUGAGAGUGUUGGUGACCAAAGUACCUACGUGGGAGAACUUCUACGUAAUGUCAAGGAGAGAUCUGGAGAAAUCCUGAAGUAUCUUCAUAAGCAGCAAUAUGCGCGAGCCUUCAGCGACAACCUUGUCGACUUGAUGGCUUCCACAUAUAUUGCGAACAUAGUGCAGUGCAAGCCGAUCUCGGAAGUUGGUGCAGAGCAGAUGCUGCUGGAUUCGUACGUGCUGAAGAAAGGCUUCACAGAGCUACCCACGCUCAAUGAGGAGCCUGGUACAGCACCACCGGCAAGCUUCAUCAAACGCGUAAACCAGUCAAUGUCCAAGAUCGACCCUCUUCUCAAAACGCUCCAAGUCCGUCCCUCGCCACCAGAGGCCCUUGUACAAGCCUACCUUAUCCACAUUGCCGACAAAUCAGACACCAAUUUCAAGAAGAUUAUGGAUCUCAAGGGCAUCCGCAAGGCUGAGCAAACCCAGCUCCUCGACCUCUUCUCUGCCUUCCGCGCAUCGCCGAAUCAUGAGAACCUUGUCCAGAACUCGCCGUUCCUUACGCCACUGCAAAUUCAGACGGCAGGUAGCGUUGGUAGUGCGGCGGGAAGUGUAAUGGGCACUAUGGGGACACCAAGUCUUGGUGGAGGCAGGUUUGACGCCACAGGCCUGGGCAAUAUGCUCGUCAAUGCCGCAAGGGAUGGUGUCGAUCGAUUCGGCAGCCCAGCCCCAGGCCAGCAGCAACAGGCUGGAGGUGCUGAUGGAGGCGCAAACCUGGAGAGUAAUUUGAAGAACAUUGGGAAAUUCUUCAGAAGAGAUGUCGGAGGGUUUAGAGGAUUUGGCCGCAGUGAAGAUGGACGAUAGGGGGCUUGAGUAUAGUAUCCGCUAUUGCACGAUAGACACUGAGGCAGUGAUAUAUCAAACUGAGAA